AUGAAUAGAUUCGCUCAGGAUCAUAAUGCAACCAUAGGAGCAACGUUUAUAAAGCAUACGGUUAUACUGGAAGAUGGUACAAAUGUUAAACUUCAAUUAUGGGAUACAGCCGGACAAGAGAGAUUUAGAAGUAUGCUGCCAAUGUAUUAUAGAGGAGCCUCGGCAGCAGUCCUAGUAUACGAUACAACCAAUAUGAAUACAUUUGAUGUACUCAAGGUAUGGGUCAAGGAGGUGCAGCGACAUGCCCCUCCAGACUUGGUAUUGGCAUUCGUUGGAAACAAAGCAGAUCUACCAAAUAGAAGAGUUAGCAUUGAGGAUGCCAAGAGGUUGGCAGCAGAGAUUGACAGUGACGCCAUUGUAAUGGAGACUUCAGCACUGACUGGCCAGAACAUUCAAGAGCUAUUUGCAUCACUUUCAAAGGUUAUAGUGGAGACAAAUCAAUUCCAUUCACUA